AUGGAGACGCACAUCGCUCCCGGUUCUACACACGAGAAAAGCAACGGACACGCACUUCCACGACGGCGGAGGAAGAACAGCAGUCUCGGUCAGGACCCCCAUGGCGACACCGACGUAGGAUCAAUCGCAACGAAUCUCGCUCGAGCGGGAGCGGAUGGAGCAACAUCACCAACGUCACCAGUAUCGCCAGCAGAACAGAGAUCUUCUGGCAAGCAACCUCGAGAGCGGAAGAGACGAAAAGCACUGCGCCUGUUCCGAAGAUGGAAGCGUAUGUCGCUGCGGCAUACUUGGGUCAAUCCCUUGGUCCUCCUGGUGAUCCUACUGUCUGCGUAUUAUAUCAGCCCUGGCAAGCAGAAUCCGCUAUACUACGGGCUCUUCCUGGCUUACGAGAACCCGCCGCUCGUGGAGCGGACCAACUCACUACCUCCACACAUUGGUGACGUGACCCAGUAUGGAAAGGGACCGCUGGACUUCGCCUUUGUCGCUUUCUACACCCUCGUCUUCACCUUCACCCGCGAGUUCAUCAUGCAACGCUUCAUCAAGCCCAUCGCGAUCUACAGCGGCAUUGGCGCCCGGGGCAAGCAAGCGCGCUUCAUGGAGCAGUUCUACACGGCCGUCUACUUCGCCGUCUUCGGCCCUCUCGGCAUGUACGUCAUGAGCCGGACGCCCGUCUGGUUCUUCAACACGGCCGGCAUGUACCAAGGCUUCCCGCAUCGGUCGCAUGAUGCCUGGUUCAAAGCGUACUAUCUUCUCCAGGCUGCCUACUGGCUGCAGCAAUUCAUCGUGCUGUGUCUGCAGCUGGAGAAGCCGCGGAAAGACUUCAAGGGGCUGGUGCUGCACCACAUCAUCACCCUCGCGCUCAUCGGAUUGAGCUACCGCUUCCACUUCACGUACAUGGGCGUGGCGGUCUACGUCACGCACGACAUCUCCGAUUUCUUCCUCGCAACUUCCAAAGUCCUCAACUACCUCGACUCCAUGUUCACAAUACCCUACUUCGUCUCCUUCAUGGUCAUCUGGGCCUACCUGCGCCACUACCUCAAUCUCGUCAUCCUCAAAUCCCUUCUCCCUCCCGGCCAUAUCCCCUUCACCUCCGUCCCGACCGGCGAAUUUGCCACCGUUGGUCCGUACGAACUCGACUGGGUCACGCAGCAGUAUAAAUGCUGGAUCAGCCAGGUCAUCACAUUCUUCUUGCUCGCGAGCUUACAGGCGGUGAAUAUCUUCUGGUUCUUCCUCAUUGUGCGGAUUCUGCUGCGGUACGUGCUGGCGGGUGUGCAGAAGGACGAGCGCAGCGAGGAUGAAGAGGAGGAGGAGACGGAGGACGUGGCGCCGGUUGCUGUGAAGGCGAACGGGCAUGCGACGAAGCCGGGUUUGACGGUGAAUGGGGAGCUUGUCAGCCCGGUGGCGGUGGGUAAGCAGGAGUAA